AUGGUUUCGAAAGCAGAUGAGAGUCUGCGCUUCAAUACAAUUGAGGAGUCGAUAGAGGCGUUCAGAAAUGGCGAAUUCAUCGUAGUCCUCGAUUCGAAAAACCGGGAGAAUGAGGGCGACCUAGUCAUAGCUGCGGACUCGGUGACUGCGGCGAAGAUGGCAUUUAUGAUACGAUAUAGCAGUGGCUACAUUUGCGCACCAAUCCCCGCCUCCCAUUGCACGAACCUGAACCUCCCUCAAAUGGUCUCCGAAAACGCCGAUCCAAACGGCACAGCCUACACAAUCUCUAUCGACGCCACUGACCCCACCGUGACCACUGGGAUCUCUGCCUACGACCGCGCCCUGACCUGCCGCACCCUCGCACGCCCCGACGUCCAACCCACCCACUUCCGUCGGCCUGGACACAUCUUACCCCUCCGAGCCAGACCUGGUGGCGUCCUUGAGCGACCAGGCCAUACAGAGGCGGCCAUUGACUUCUGCCGGUUGGCGGGGAAGCCGGAGGCGGCGGUUAUUUGUGAGUUGGUUGAGGAUGGAGUGGAGGUGGAAGGGGUGCCGGCUCUGGAGGGGAAUGGGAUGAUGAGGGGGCGGAGAUGUUUGGAGUUUGGGAAGAGGUGGGGUUUGAAGGUGUGUACGAUUGAGGAUUUGAAGGAGUAUUUGCGCAGGGAAAAAGGGAAGGGGACGGGGACGGGGAAGGCCAUGGUGAAUGGAAAGCAUUAG